AUGGAUGGUCUCCUGGAGGCCUGGCCGUCGCCCUUUUCCCCCAUCGCAUGGAAAAUUAUUGGCACGUUCGCAGCAUUCGAAGCACUUCUUCAGGUUCUGUUGCCUGGAAAGGAAUUUGUUGGACCAGUUUCACCAGCUGGAAACCGACCAAUUUAUUGGUGUAACGGAUUCCAAGCAUACAUGGUCUCCAUUGUCACAUACAUCUUCAUCUGGAGAGCCGGGUGGUUCAACCCGUCCCUCGUGUACGACAACUUCGGCAGCAUCCUCUCUGCUCUCAACGUCGUCAGCUUGCUCCUCUGCCUCUUCCUCUACGCCAAGGGUCACCUUGCUCCGUCGUCCUCUGACUGGGGUUCUUCCGGAAACUUUAUUCAAGACUUCUUCUGGGGCAUGGAGCUGUACCCACGCAUCGGCAAGUACUUCGACAUCAAGACGUUCACCAACUGCCGCUUUGGCAUGAUGUCAUGGGCGCUGCUGGCCGUCACGUACGCCAUCAAGCAGCUGGAGGCGAGCGGCAGUGUAGCGGAUUCCAUGGUUGUGAGCGUGGCGCUCAUGCUGGUUUACAUCUCCAAGUUCUUCUACUGGGAGUCGGGGUACUGGAGCACUAUGGACAUCCAGCACGACCGCGCCGGCUACUACCUCUGCUGGGGAUGCAUGGUGUGGGUGCCCUGCAUCUACACCUCGCCCGCCCUCUACCUCGUCAACCACCCCCUGCACCUCGGCACUCCUGUGAGUACCGGUCCUCCCAGCGUGCCUCUCCGCGUGCCUGCUUGUCUGCCUGCUUGCUUCUCUCUCUGCCUCCCUGCUUGUCUCCCUGCUUACCCCCCCCUUCUCUACCCAUUCCCAUUAUUUCUUCUCCCCCAAUCUGCCCUCCUUGCAUGCAUUGAACCAGUCGCUCUGGCCAUGUUUCUGUGCGGCUGUGCAUGCAUUGCAAUCAACUAUGACUCGGACCGCCAACGACAGCACUUCCGGUCCACACAUGGCCGCUGCACCAUCUGGGGCCGCCCUCCUGCCAAGAUUGAAGCAGACUACGUGACAGAGAAGGGCGAGAACAAGAAGAGCCUGCUGCUUGCUUCAGGAUGGUGGGGGCUCUCACGCCACUUCCACUACGUGCCUGAAAUCCUUGCUUCUUUCUUCUGGACCUUCCCAGCGCUCUUCAACAAUGGAAUUCAGUAUUUCUACUGCAUCUACCUCACAGUCCUCCUAUUCGACCGAGCUGUUCGUGAUGACGUGCGCUGCAAAAAGAAGUAUGGCAAGUUCUGGGACAAGUACUGCAAGUUGGUACCUUACAAGGUGGUUCCUGGCAUCUUUUAG